UUCUUCCAUUCCACAUUGAACAAAACCCAACACUUGUCUGCCUUCCUUCUCACCCAAACCAAACUUGCACCCCAAGAAACUCCUCAAAUCCCCCACAUUCUUUCUUUCGGCUUUGUACUUUUAUGCCCUAUUGAAGUCUUGGCGCUAAAAGGAGCCAACAAGAAUCCGAAACCAUGGAAUGCGAAGUGUUUGUGACUCUGCAGUCCAAGACUCCGGUCGUCGGCUGCGAAAUCAACCCGGAUGUGCGGGUCAAGGGCCAAGGGUCUGGCAUACUCAAAGCCCCGCAACAUUCGCUCGUUUUCAACUGGUAUCGAGAACAGAUUACAUGUUCUGUGCACCAUGCUAAGUUGGCUGCUGUUCAGUGCAUAUCUUGUGUAACAUUGAAUAUACCAGUCGAGGAGAGCUACCAUUGCUCUACAAGUUGCUUCUUAGAUGCAUGGAAAAAACAUUUGGUGCGUCAUCGUCAUGCAGCUGAAGUUAUCAGUAAGAAUUUAACUGGCAAGCAAAAAUCAGCUACAGAACUCAGGAGUUCUGGCUCUUGGCCUGGCUCAUUGUUUGACCAGGGGGUAAUGAUGGUGGAAUGUGAAGGGAGAGUAUGGGUUGAGGUGGGCUCCUUGAAAACUUAUGUACCCACAAUGGAUGAUUUUGGUUUCAGAUUGAGGCUGGACUCUGCAGCUGUAGACCGUUUUCAUUUUCCUUUGUCUAAAAUUAAUACAAUAGUGACUGAUCCUGUGAUUCUUCAUCCUCGGUGUAUGAUCCCAAUUAGACAUCUACAGAAACCUUGGAACUCAAAUCUUAAAGACGAAUCUUCUAACGAGGUAGUUUUCAGCGUGCUAUCCUAUAACAUCCUUGCUGAUCUGUAUGCUACUACCGGAGUUGAGUUCACUUACUGCCCAACAGAGGCUCUUGUAUGGGGAUACCGUCGACAGAAUUUGCUCCGUGAGAUCAUUGAAUAUGAUGCAGAUAUCCUUUGUCUUCAGGAGGUACAGAGUGACCAUUUUGAAAAUUUCUUUAAGCCUAAGCUGGAAAAUUGUGGGUACUCGGUUUUGUACAAGAAAAAAAAAAGAGAGAUUUAUAUGGCCAAGUAUGUAAUUGAUGGGUGUGCAAUAUUCUACCGUCGUGAUCUAUUCAAAGCAAUUAAGACAUAUGAGGUUGAGUUUGAUCAAAGAGCAUUGCCAUUAGUUAAAGCUUUGGAUCCUACACUCAAAAAGCAAGGCAGCUUCCGCCUGAUGAAGGACAAUGUUGCACUAGUUGUUGUAUUAGAGAAACUGCAUAAUAGCAGCACCAGUGAUGCCUUGCAGUCUAGAAUAUGUGUGGCAACCACCCACAUACAUGCAAAUCCAAAAUGUCCAGAUGUAAAAUUAUUUCAGGUUGCAAAUCUUGUCAACGGACUUGAAACCAUUGCCCAGUCACAAAUUCCUUUGUUACUUUGUGGGGAUUUUAACUCUCUUCCUGGAAGUGAUCCUCAUAUCUUUAUAGUCAAGGGCGAAACUAAUCCUAUUCGUGAUGGGGCAAAGGAUCCAUUGGAUAUAUAUCAGCAUCUCAAGCUUCGGCAUUCAUUGCCUCUGGUAAGUGCAUAUGCAUCUUUCUUUCAUCCAGAGAGGGUUGAGGAACAACUGAGGAAGAUGCAUCACAUAUCCGAAGAGCCCGUAUUCACCAACUUCACAGCAGAUUUCUGCGGAACCUUAGAUUACAUAUUCUACACAGAGAACAGUUUGAGAGUUGAAGGUUUGUUAGAGCUUCUUGACAAGCAAACCCUUGGCACUGGUCUUCCAUCAGUUCAAUUCUCAUCGGACCAUAUUGCCCUCAUGGCAAGUUUCAGACUCAUUCAACCCCCACCAGCAAACCCACCACCUCUUCCUGUGAACCCAUGGCCGACUGACAGUACAUGAGCCCCUGGGCGGUAGUUAUUUCCGGUAGGAGUGUUAUAGUUAGCAUCAGGAUUCUUGUAUACCUUGCAUAUACAUUUGUAACCUUACAUAUAACUGAUUGUGAUAAUUGUU